UCUUUAUGAUCAGUAUAUGUAUGUACAUACAUGAUGAUUUUGCCCGACCUGGAGACUGCAUAUAAAGGCUUGACCAGGGCAGGAUGAAGUUUGUCUAACGUCCGUUCUCAACUAAUCUUCAUUCCAACAUCUCUAUCAAGCUUCACCAUGAACUCUGUCAUUGCUAUCCUGUUGGCGUGUGCUGCCGUGGCAUCCUGCAAUUACGUUGCCCCCGUCCAAUACUACAUGCCAUCUUCCUCCCACUAUGUUCAGCAGCCAAGCAGCUACCAAUACGUCCAACCUGCUGUUUCCAGCGUCUCUUCAUCCGGUAUCCAAUAUGCUGCUGGAAGUCAUCAGUACGCCGUUCCAUCCACUCAGCAAUAUGUCUACAACAAGGUUCCUUCAAUCUAUUACACGUCCCCCGUCAUCUCAUCCGCCUCUGUCUACAACCAACAUGGUGCCUACUACAGCCCAUCCCAUGUCUAUCCAUCAUCUUACGUUUAUGGAAAGUAAGCCACUUUAGAUCACGACCAUGACCACAGAAAAUCAUCCAUGUUCCAUUCAUAUGCAAAUCAUAUAAUUAAUUCUGUUUUUACUUCCAAACCAAAUUAUUAAACAAUCAAUAUCAAAUGUGCAAAUAUA